GCUGGUGGCGUUUUUUUACAUAUAAAAAAGCUCCCUUUGAGAUUUUAUUCUUGGAGUCUUUAGUGCUUUUGUUAGGAAACUGCACGCUUUUUUUUAUUAUUUCCCCCUCCCGCACGCCCUCUGCCUUGCAUUUCCAGCGGGACAAAAAGGCGUCUAGUUCCGUGCAGUCUCUACACGAAGUUGUCAAGCUGAAUCAGAGGAGAAAACGGAGGAACACUUGGGUCGGCGACUCUCACGGACGCGAGAAAAGAAAAGCCUGCCUCUUCUCUCCAGCCCCCCCUCCCCGCCACACGCCUCUUUUUUUAAAAAAAAAAAACAAAAAACCUGCAAGAAGGGAAGAAGUAAAACUUGCUUAGUUUGCAUUCGAGAGAGGGGCUGCGCGAUUCCCGAAGGGGAGAGUGCGGGGGGGCAAAAAAGACAAAGCCUUUUCCCUCCUGCUUCCUUGCUGUUGGUGGCUGGGCUGCUUCUUCCAUGAUUUUCUGCACUUAGACCAAGCUGUGCCUUAGCCAAUCAAUUCAGACCGGCCUUCCUUCACAGUGAGGGGCUCCCUUCUCCCCUCCAGCCCCCUUUUCUGUGUGACGUCCGUUCCCUCCAACCCCGUGGCAUCUCCCUGCCUUGCACCCGCCCUCCCCCCGUGUGGGGCCUUCACAACCAUGGAUGACUCGGAAGUGGAGUCGACUGCCAGUAUACUUGCCUCCGUCAAAGAGCAGGAGGCGCAGUUUGAGAAGCUGACGCGGGCACUGGAGGAGGAGCGGCGCCAUGUCUCUGCACAGCUGGAGCGCGUCCGCGUCUCCCCGCAGGAUGCCAGCCAGACCAUGGCCAACGGCACCCUCACCCGCCGGCACCAGAACGGCCGUUUCUUGGGCAAUGCUGACCUGGAGAGACAGAAAUUCUCUGAACUGAAACUCAACGGACCACAGGACCACAGCCACCUCAUAUACAGCAGCAUUCCCAGGAUGCAAGACCCAGGACAGAUUGUGGAAGAGACCUACACCAUGGAGGAGGACCCCGAGGGCGCCAUGUCAGUUAUUUCGGUAGAGACCUCUGAUGAUGGGAAAACCCGCCGUACAGAGACCACGGUGAAGAAGGUUGUGAAGACCAUGACCACGCGCACAGUGCAGCAAGUUCCUGUUGGCCCCGAUGGGCUGCCUGUGGAUGGCUCUCCAGUCCCCAACAACUACAUUCAGACCAUGGAUAGGAACUUCAGGAAAAACACCAAUGGCGGCCCUGGGGCCUACAUGAGCCAGCCGGGCACAGCUACCCUCCCGCGAAACUACCACUACCCAGACGGCUACGGCCGCCCGUACGAGGACAGCUACCACGGCAGCGAGCACAACUACGGCAGCCUGUCCCGCGUGACGCGCAUUGACGAGCGCUACCGCCCCUCCAUGGACGGCUACCGGGCCCCCAGUCGGCAGGAUGUCUAUGGGCCUCAGCCACAGGUGCGGGUAGGGGGAAGCAACAUGGACUUGAACCGCUUCCACCCAGAGCCUUACGGGUUGGAGGACGACCAGCGCAGCAUGGGAUACGACGACCUCGAUUACGGCACCAUGCCAGACUAUGGUACUGCCAGGCGGACUGGGACUCCCUCCGACCCCCGCCAGAGACUCAGGAGUUACGAGGACAUGUUGGUGGAUGAUUUGGCUAGAGACCAGUACUACUGGGCCCCCCUGGCCCAGCAUGAGAGGGGCAGCCUAGCCAGCAUGGAUAGCCUGCAGAAAGGGGGCCCACCCCCGCCCAACUGGCGCCAGCCCGAGCUCCCUGAGGUGAUCGCCAUGCUGGGCUUCCGCCUGGAUGCGGUGAAGUCCAACGCUGCGGCCUACCUGCAGCACCUGUGCUACCGCAACGACAAGGUGAAGACGGAGGUGCGCAAGAUGAAGGGCAUUCCGGUGCUGGUGGAGCUGCUGGACCACCCCAAGAAGGAGGUGCACUACGGGGCAUGUGGGGCCCUGAAGAACAUCUCCUAUGGCCGGGACCAGGACAACAAGAUCGCCAUCAAGAACUGCGACGGUGUCCCUGCUCUGGUGCGGCUGCUGAGGAAGGCGCGCGACAUGGACCUCACUGAGGUCAUCACAGGAACACUGUGGAACCUGUCCUCUCAUGACUCGAUAAAAAUGGCCAUUGUCGACAACGCCUUACAUGCCCUCACGGAUGAGGUCAUCAUCCCACACUCUGGAUGGGAGAGGGAGCCCAGUGAGGACUCGAAACCCCGCCACAUAGAGUGGGAGUCGGUGCUCACCAACACCAUUGGCUGCCUUAGAAAUGUCAGCUCAGAGAGGAGUGAAGCCCGCCGGAAAUUGCGGGAGUGUGAUGGGCUAGUGGAUGCCCUCAUCUACAUUGUCCAAGCAGAGAUUGGCCAGAAAGAUUUAGACAGCAAGCUUGUGGAGAACUGCGUUUGCCUCCUGAGGAACCUGUCCUACCAGGUGCACCGUGAGAUCCCCCACGCAGAGCGUUACCAGGAAGUGCCCCUCAAUGCGACCAACAACACCGGUCCCCAUGCAGCCAGCUGCUUUGGUGCCAAAAAAGGCAAAGACGAGUGGUUCUCAAGAGGUAAAAAACCGACAGAGGAUCCUUCUACCGAUGUCGUAGACUUCCCCAAAAGACCAACCCCUGCAAAAGGUUAUGAGCUCCUCUUCCAGCCAGAAAUUGUCCGCAUAUAUAUUUCCCUGUUGAAGGAGAGCAAAACUCAAGCUAUCUUAGAAGCUUCAGCAGGAGCCAUCCAGAAUUUGUGUGCUGGCCGUUGGACGUACGGUCGGUACAUCCGCUCUGCGUUGCGCCAAGAGAAAGGCCUCUCUGCCAUUGCGGACCUGUUGACUUACGACAGCGAGCGUGUGGUGAAAGCUGCGUCUGGAGCCCUGCGCAACCUGGCAGUGGAUUCCCGUAACAAAGAGCUGAUAGGCAAGCAUGCCAUCCCCAGUUUAGUGAAGAAUUUGCCAGGGGGACAGCAAACGCCGGCUAAGAACCUCUCUGAAGAUACUGUGGUCUCUGUGUUAAAUACCAUAAAUGAGGUCAUUCUGGAUAACUUGGAAGCAGCCAAGAAACUGCGGGAGACACAAGGCAUCGAGAAACUGGUGCUGAUCAACAAAUCUGGGAACCGCUCAGAGAGAGAAAUCAGAGCAGCUGCUCUUGUACUGCAGACAAUCUGGGGGUAUAAGGAAUUGCGGAAGCCACUGGAGAAGGAAGGAUGGAAGAAGUCUGACUUCCAGGUGAACCGGAGUAACAGUACUCGAAGCCAGGGUGGCAACUCCUUUGAUGACAGCACCUUGCCCCUCAUUGAUAAGAACCAAAAAGGAGACAAGAAAUCUUCUCGAGAGGAGAUCCAAAUGGGCAACAUGGGACCAGACAAUUACUCUACACUGAACGAGCGGGACCAUAAUAGGACAUUGGAGCGAUCUGGAGAAGAAAUGGAAUCUAUGAAGGGAGCCCCACUGAUGCAGGAGGAAGGGCAGGAAUCCUUUGCGGAGAGUGACACGUUGCUUUAUCCUCCUAUGCAGAAGAUCUAGAGCUGCCACCAUCUGCCUUCUCUGUUUUGGGUUUAUAACAUACUUUGUAUAACACUUUGUGGUGAAAUGGACUGACUCUCUCUCUUUUUUAAAAAAAAUCUCUUGGGCACACAAGUCCAGCCACCCAGAGCCAAAUGACUGGCCCCGCCUGAGCCCACAGGGCCUCACACCUCCCUGUAGACGGCUGAGCCCAUCCAAUUCCCUGGACACUUCUUUUUGUCUGUAUUUUUCAAAAGUGCAGCGAUUCCUGAAGACCAAAUACUCCCGAUGGAUCUCACUCAAGCAACUAAGGCAGAACACUAUAAAAUUACAAGCUUCUCAUCUGCAGCAGAUGAUGGAAGCCCCGUGGUGCAGAUGGAUCUCAGCUGAAAACCUACCAUACUGGAACUAGGUUUUUUUUUUUUUUUGUUUUCUUAAAUGCAGUGUCUUCUCUCUUCAUGGAGAAGAACUCUGAGGACCAGUCUCCUCCUUCUCUUAGCCUAUAGAAUAUAUUUUUGUGUGUGAUUUUUUUUUUCUU